GUAAAAAGCAAAUAAAAAAGCAAAAACAAAUUGUCCAAAAGUUGUAAAUUAGGUAAUAAAAGGCUAAUAAAAAUUAUUCUAGUCUGUAAUUAUAGUAUUUUGAUCUUAUCUUGAACACAAGCUUCAUCCAUCAUGAGUCCAGUUGAUAGGAAUGGCGUUAAAAUUGGUUUUGGAUGUUUUGGGAUUCCAGAGGAAAGUGUUUAUCAUUUAAUACGAGAAGCAAUUAAUGUUGGAUAUCGUCAUUUUGACUGUGCAGCUCUAUAUUUAAAUGAAGAUUUGAUUGGUAAAGCGUUGGGAAAGUGUAUCGAUGAAGGUCUGGUUAGUCGAGAUGAUCUUUUUAUCACAAGUAAACUUCCAAUGAAUGGCAUGUCACCAAAAUGGGUUAAAUAUUUCCUGGAAAAGUCAAUUAAGAAUCUUGAUUGUGGUUAUCUAGACCUCUAUCUAAUUCAUGCUCCAUUCGCUGUUAAGUACAUAGCUGAUGAUCAAUUUUAUCCUGUCAAUCCUGAAACGGGUAAACUUGAUGCAGAUCUAAACACUGAUUAUAAAAUUACAUGGAAGAUUCUUGAACAAGCAUGUGAUGAAGGUUUAACCCGAACCAUUGGGGUAUCCAAUUUUAAUGAAAAUCAACUAAUUGAUUUACUAUCCUCCUGCCGAAUCAAACCCAGUGUCUUGCAAAAUGAAACCCACUGUUAUCUACAGCAAAAAGCGCUUCGUUUAUUUUGUCAUCAAAAUGAAAUCUCAUACCAAUCGUUUGCCCCACUCGGGUCACCUAAAACAGCUCAAGAGUCUGGUCAUAAUGUGUUGCUUAGUGAUCCUAUCGUCUAUCAACUUGCUGAGAAAUAUCGAGUGACUUGUAGUCAAAUCUUAAUCCGUUGGCAACAGCAAAUGAAUAUGACUCCUAUUGUUGGCUCAGAUAAUGUGAAACAGGUUAGGGAAAACAUAAUGUUUGCUGAUUUAACGUUAUCACCUGAGGAUUUAUCAACCAUCGAUGGAUUAAACAGAGAUGAACGAAUCUUCUAUUUUGAUCAUAUUCCAGGGUUAACUGUGACAAAAUUAUUGGAUCCAGUUUUGUUUAUUCAUGAUAACUUUGAUAGUCAUUCCCAAUUGAACCAUUCAAUGGUAAAUCAUUGUCAACCAUUAAUAAACUGAUGCAUUUUUUGGCAAAACUUUGAAAGAGGAAGACAUUUACAAAAAUUCAUAACAAUCAUAAUAAUGAUGAUCGCAAGAUAUUUUACCAAAAUUCAAGGUCUAGCCUGGUUAAGAAAACCUGGAAACUCAACUAUUUCUCGCCUUAUAUUUAUUAUUAGUCACGGCAAGAUUCUUGGUGCUAUUGGUACACUUUUUAUAACAGCAAUUGUGGUCGAUGUUUUACAUUUAUUUUAAUCAUGGCAUAACGCUUCAGUAAUUAUUCUGAUUCAGGACUCCUGGAUAUUACAUUCUGUAAUCAAAUGAUCGUGAUACAAA